UAGAAUAGUACAGUCUUAUCAAAAUGUUGCUGCGAUCAGCUGGAGUCUUUAACUUUUUGUUUUUCUUACUUUCCCUAUCGGGGGCUUAUACUACAACACCAGAUGUCGUAGAUGGUUAUCUCAACAUAACCGCUUUUUCAUUCCUUCAGAUUGGCAAAGGUUUAUACUAUUUUGAUAGAGGCAUCAAAUUGAACUGGUUCGAUGCCUAUGAGUCGUGUCGGCGCAUAAAGUCUGACCUGGUUGCAUUUGAAACCAUCGAUGAAUGGGAUUUGAUCCAUGAGUAUCUAAAAACACUUGGGCGACCCGAUGAUUUGUUUUGGACUUCAGGAAAUGAUUUAGCGAAUGUGGGUAAACAUAAUUGGUUCGCAACUGGAGAACCCCUGACAUUGGAUAUCUGGGCUCCCGGUGAGCCAAAUAAUAAUGGAGGAAUCGAGCAUUGCGAUGAGUUGGGUUAUAGGGGCACGAGACCAAAUAACAAUUUAUUGAAUGACUUAUCUUGUAAUAGUACGAGACAUUAUAUUUGCGAAAGGCUUUGAAGGAUUUGUUUUUAGAUAUAAAUGUAUUGUAAUCAAAAUAAACCCCUUUUUAAAGAUUUUCCUGAA